AUGUUAAGAAAUAGUGGAAAAAGGUGGUGGGAUGGGUUGUUGGCUAUUAAGAAGAGGGCACUAGAUAAUGUUGAGUGGCCCGAAUUUAAAAACAUGUUUUUCAAAGAAUUUCGAUCGGAGGCCGAGGUAACUAAGUUGAGGAGUGAAUUCCUCAAUGAUUGUCAAGGCAACAUGAGCUUGAACGAAUUUCGAGCCCAAUUAUUAGACAAAGCUCAAUUUUGUCCGGAGUUUCUUGAAAAUGACCAAUUGCUCAAGGAGCAAUUUUAUUUGAAGUUGAGAAAGAAUCUUCGGGAGAAGAUUAGCUUGCGUCAAAUGGAGUCUUUCUCCAUGUUGGCGGAUGUGUCCCGGGAUCAUGAAAUUGAAAUGUCUAGGUUCGACGAAGGUGUUUUGAAAAGAAGGUAUGAAGAUGUAAAUUCUCCAAGCAAGCGGCCUAGACAAGAGGGUAGUUCCGGGAACCACCCAAAUAAAAGAAAUGUCCCAUUUUGUCGUCAAUGCAAGAAGAAUCAUUCGGGGGUUUGUAGAGCGGCGGACAAGGGUUGUUACACUUGUGGGAAGCCGGGGCACACUAGUCGGGAAUGUAGGUCUAAACCUCAAAGACCCAUUAUAUACUUUAAGUGCUUUGAAGAGGGCCACAUGAGAAGCUCAUGCCCAAAAUUGACGGAGGAGGAGAGGUUAGAAGAAAGAAGAAGGGAGGCGGAGAGGAAGAAUGCCCAAACACAUGGGAAUCAAAGAGGAAGAUCCAUUCAACUCUCCGUGGAACAAGCAAGAAACACCGAUGAUGUUGUCACAGGUACAUUCCUUGUAUAUAAUGUGCCUAUGCGUAUUCUUUUUGAUUUGGGAGCGAAUAGAUCAUUUGUUGCUAUUAGAAUGAUUCAUGUUAUUCCCGUGUCUAAGUCAUGUUUAGAAAAUGCUUUGCAAGUUGAGGUUGGUAAUGGUAGGAUGGAAUUAGUAAAGGAGGUGUAUAGAGGGUGUGAGAUAAAAAUUUCUUUGGAACUCUUCCAAGCCAAUUUAAUUCCUUUUCCGAUGGGAGAGUUUGAUAUAAUCUUGGGUAUGGAUUGGUUGAGCUCAUGUAGUGCAAAAAUCGCUUGUGAUGAAAAAGCCGUAUAUCUAAAAACUUCCAAAGGGGAUGACUUGGUGGUUUAUGGUGAUAGGAAGGAACGUUCUAUACCCGUGUGCACUUUUGCUCGUGCCAAACGUUACAUAGCCCUUGGAUGUCACGCUUAUCUUGCUCACAUCAUUGAUGUUAAGAAGAGACCUCUUUCUAUCGAAGACAUCCCCAUUGUUAAAGAUUUCGUCGAUGUUUUCCCCGAAGACUUGUCGGGCAUUCCUCCCGAACGGCAAGUUGAAUUCUCCAUUGAUCUCAUCCCGGGGGCUAACCCCAUUGCUAAAGCUCCUUACCAGUUGGCUCCAACGGAAAUGCAAGAGAUGAUGAAACAACUCUAA